AUAUAAUAAUAAUUAUAUUGUUGGUAUUAUAUUCUAUGUUUCUAAGCACUAAAGUACAUUUCUAUUUUUGUUGAUUAUUGUUUUUGUUUUGUUUCUAUAGUGAAGACAGUGAUGAUGAGACUAAUAAUGAACAAGUGAUUUCGUCAACAAGUUCUACUGAAGAUCAACCAACACCUUACGAACACAUAGAGGAAAAUAUUUACCUGAUUGAUAAGAAAAAACACAUUAAUAAAGAAGUACGUCGUAUGACAUGUGAAUGUUACACUGAACUUGAAGAUAAUGAAGAUGUAGUUCCUUGUGGAGAAAACUGCUUAAACAGAUUGCUGAUGAUUGAAUGCAACAACAGAUGUUCAUGUGGCAAUCGCUGUACUAAUAAAAGAUUUCAACAAGGCUGCAAAGUGAAGAUAGAAGUUUUAAAAACAGAAAAGAAAGGAUGGGGACUGAAAACACUGGAGGACCUGGAAGAAAACCAAUUUGUGAUGGAAUAUUGUGGAGAAGUUAUGAAUUAUAGAGAUUUCAUGAAAAGAGCAGAACAGUACGAUCGACAGAAGCGCAAGCAUUAUUACUUCAUGACUCUUAGAGCUGACGAGAUCAUUGAUGCAACUUUUAAAGGAAGUCUUUCUCGGUUUGUAAAUCAUAGCUGUGAUCCAAACUGUGUCACCCAAAAGUGGACAGUAAAUGGACUUUUACGAAUAGGAUUUUUUACUCUACGAAAAAUAUCUGCAGGAGAAGAACUAACAUUUGACUAUCAAUUACAGAGAUAUGGGAAAGUUGCCCAGACAUGCUACUGUGAAUCUCCUAAUUGUACAGGUAUUAUUGGUGGUGAGAAACACACGCCACUCAAGAACGCAGUGGAGAGAAUAGUUACUCCAUCGACUAGCUCUCCAAGAAGGAAGAGAAAACCUGGCAGGAGUUUGGUAGAAGACUUUGAUGCAUUUUCUAUUGAAGAAGAGUUACAACGUCUUAUUGGAGAUCAUUGUGGCAUGUCCAAUAGUGAUCAAGCUCUCAAUUUAUCAAGGUUAAUGGUUAGGGCAGAAACUAUGCCACAACGAAUAAUGCUUUUGAAAGUUUUGCAGAAUACAACAGAUCAGAAUUGUCUUAAGGCAUUCCUAAGAUACCAGGGUCUUUCACUGUUGUGGAGCUGGAUGGUUGAUGCUGGUGCAAAACCAACUGGGAAACUGCAAUAUGAACUUCUUUCGACGCUUAAAUACCUACCAGUCAGCAACAAAAAUCAACUGGAAGACAGUAAAGUGAUCAAAGUUGUUAAAAAAUGGGCCAACAAGGAAAUGGCUGAGCAAGAAAUGCCCUCUUCGUGUAGCAGCCAGGAAGAAAACCCUGAAGACAUAGACCGUACCUUAACACAAGAAGAUGUGGACUCCAGUUCAUCUGAAAAGACAAAGAAAAAAACUGGCUUUGAAAUUCAACUUUCAAGUCCUAGUUCUUGUGGGAAAGGGGUUUCUGAAGAGGAGAUAUCAAAUAUGGAUUUAACAGGUGUUCAGUCUGACAAUAAAAUGGGGGAAACAAAAGAAAGAGCUGACAAAUCUCCUGAUGAUCUCUCUGAAGAUGACACCAAGUCCACUGAGGAUGACCAGUCUGUUGUAUCAGAAGAUGGAGAUGUUGGGCCGAUGGCUUUUGAUUUAUUAAAACAAUGGAGUAGUUUAAAGAAAAACUUUAGGAUACCAUUGAUUAAAAAGCAGACUGAAGUGGUUGUUGCAACAAGCAGUACAGAGACACCAGGCAUUCUGAAUAAUUCUGAUCGGGAAGCAAGUGUUGUCGUAAGUCAACCAGACUCUUCAGGGAACAUCGAGGAACCUCAAAAACCUACCGAAAAUACUUCUUUCACCCCUCCUCCUUUAAUGUCCGUAGAAGUGCCUCCCAUCAAAUCUCAAGGAGAUCCAUCGAAUCGAGGGGAAGACGAGUCAUCACAGGAUCCAAGUUCUUCUCAGGAGAAAUGUCAAACCAUCCCCACCAUCUCCCCGGAAGGGAGUGAAUCUCGACAUCAAGUGUUUGGGUAUAAGCAGAGAAUGGGGAAUGGAGUCGGGGAUCAAAGAUUUGGAUCACCCUUCGGUUCUCAGUGGCCUUCGACGACGAAGUCGAAAAAGCACGGAAAAAAAUCCAAAUGGAAAAAUCUGCAGCAGUUUACGCCUCAGCAAGGAAGUCCUCAGGGUAUCCCCGUGAACAUCAACCCUGAUGGAGUAAACUGGCAAGGGGACCAGGCGGCACCGAACUGGCAAGGCCCUUUACAGCCUUGGCAACAAGGGCCCCAAGACCAAGCACCCUCGUUUUAUGGUCCCUCCGAGCCUUUGCCAUUCCAACAAGGGCAGUUCAACCAGCCACCUCCUGGUAACAUGACGCCUUGUGGAAUUCCUCCACCCAAUCUUCCACUUCCUCCAAAUUUCCCUCGUAACAUUCCACCACCCAAUUACCCUCCCCCGUCACAGCCAGUGCCGUUCACGUCACCACCAUACCAGAGGCCCCCUCCUAACAUGGCUGGGAUGCCCUCCAACAUACCGCCAGGAGGUCCUCUCAUGUCCUCGUUUCCAAGCCAACAACCAAUGAUCCAAACCGCGCAGCAAAACGUCUUCAUUCCUUCAUAUCCAGCUCCGCUCCAGGUCCCUUUUCAGUCUUUUAACACACAGGUUGACCAACCUGUUCAAUUCAACGCCCCUCAAUCGAAUGCUUCUCCUUCAAAGGGAAGUAUUAGCCAACCGGCAGGAGGCCUUGGAAACGUCAAAGAUACGCACCAUAUGUUGCAAAACCAACAAGGUGGCAAACUAAACGAAAACUUGGUUAAUAACGGAUCUCGGAAGACAAAUUCUAGAGAUUCGUCGCUAUCGCCCUCCAAGCCUAAAAAACCUAAUACAAACCUACCACCGAAUUGGAAAACAGCCACAGACCCUCAAGGCAACGUUUAUUAUUAUCACACCGUCACUAGACAAACCCAGUGGGAAGUACCAAGAGAAGAACCACAUGACAUGGACCUAGACACGCCAUCAGAUGAAGAGCCUUUGUUCAAAAAGAAGAAACCAAGAACACCAAAAACUCCCCCAGGGACACCCCCCAGGAGUCCUACAUUGACCUUCACGACUGCUGCUGCCGAUACCACACAAAACAGAGGCUCUGUAUUAGCAUCCCCUGAACUAAUGUCUUUGAACCCUGAAGGACAAAAACAAAAAAUUAAAGACACCUUUAGAAUGAAGUUAUCGAACGUGGUGGUGAAUUGCCUGAACCCAUACUACAAAGUAGACUGUAAACAAGGCAGAAUUACCAACGCCGACGAUUUUAAAUAUUUAGCCCGAAAGCUUACCCAUGGUCUCAUGACGAAAGAACUCCAGCACGUGAAGUCAGAGGAGUUCCUCCAGUGCAACGACUCUGUUAAAGUUAAGACAAAAGAAUACAUCCGCUCUUACAUGAAGAAAUUCGACGAAAUGUAUAAAAGAUGCUAGCAGAUAAUCUUUUUAGGUCACUAUUUUAAUUGUCUGUUUUAUCACCACUGUUUUUAGCUAAUUAACUUUUACGUCUGAUAGUAUUGCUUCCACACAAAUCUUGAAGGCCGUCUCUGUAAAGAGGCUCCAUAAAUUCGUAUCUCUAGAAGACGGAAAGGAUUGGUUCUCUAACCAGGUCCACUGGUCAGACACAUCCUUUCUUGAUCAAGGCAAUGAAAAUAGAGAAUUUUCUUUGAUAUACUAAAAGGAAAGGGAUGUCAUUCUGAAUAGGCAUCUGUAUUUGUUGACUUCAAGGCUCGGGUCAAACGUCGAACUUAACAUGAGCCUUAUGCAUUAAAUAAUAAGAUGAGGAUCUUUGAUGUCAUUACCUUUGGCUCGUGUGAGGUUCAACGUUUGGGAAGGCAUCAUUUAUGGAUAUACACUUUACUGCGGACCAUACACGUUAUUCUUCCCUUUGCAGACCACGUGUCAUUCCCUAGAGUAUCAUUUCUUUGUUUAUUGGUUGUUCAGGAGAAGACACAUAUAUGGAUACAACACAAACAAAGAAUCUCGUUGUCAAGAGAACGACACAUGGUCUGAAAAGGGAAAACAUUGCACCCGAAAAAAUAAGGUCAAUUGAGGUGAAGCUGCUUCACUAUAACAGUAGUCUUACCUUUUAGAUCUUUAUCCUACUCCAUGAAAUCUGUCAUAUGCAAGUAUUUAUUGAUGCUUCCCUUAAUGGUGAUGGAUGCAAUGGGUUGAAUGAUUAUCACUUGUGUGACGACUGUAGGAGCAGUAGGUUUUACACUUCUUGACAUACCUGUGGCAUCCAGCCCCCCCCCCCCCCCCCCCCAAAGGUACCUAGGUCAGAAGCUAGAAUUUCCCUUAGGGGUAGGGGUGGGGGGAGUAAGUGUCCAAUGACUGAUGUCUUAAUUUUAUCUUUUUUCUUAAUUUUAUCUUUUUCUAUCAUUGUGAAAGCCAGUGUCGAUAUUUUUUACUCUCUUAAUCAUUAGGUGUACAUCAUUUUUCUUCCCUUUUCUCGCCCAAUCAGAUUUAUAUUAUUCUUGUACAUAUGUACAGCUUUCUUUUAAAGUUUUAGUUAUUUUAAUAGUUGAAUUUUUAGAAUUUUAAGUAUAUUGUUACUAUCUUACUAUGUUGUCUUUGAUAUGGAAAUAUUUGAUCGUGUAAUAAGAUAACCCCAUCUGAACAUCCCCUUUUGAAGGCCCAUAGUCACGAAUUUGCUGCCCCUUUUAUAAUUUUUAAAAUAUUAAUCUUUUUUUUUUUUUAACAUUUAAAAUUUAGGAUUUUUUUACAUAUUUGUAGUAGGAUUGAAGAGUACAAACGCUAGAGUAAAGUCAUUAAACCCGUGAAAUAGAUUUUAGACUAAUACACUUUUGUAGACCCUAAUUCCUUUGUUUUCGUUUGUCUAUUUGACUAUUACACGUUGACUAGUAUUUUUUUAUUUCACGGGUUAAAUGCCUUUACUCUAAAUCCCUUCACUCUAAUCAUACAGCUUAAUUAGCAGUAAACCGUACCAAACAGUGUUCGGUGUUUUUUGUAUGUCUAAUUAGUGCUGUUUAAUACUAUUUAUUGCAAAAUGUUGCUAGCUUUUAUUAUUUGUACUCUAGUCAUUGUUUUUUUGUUUUGUUUUGUUUUGGAUUUUUGUUUUGUUGUCGUUAAAACAACUACGAUAACGUGGCAGCUUUGGGCAAAUAAAAAUCAUCUUGAGUGACUGUGGUUCUUUCAAAAUUCCUUUGAAAUAGCUAAUCUUUACAUUCUUAAGCACACUUAUGAAAAUGGAUUGUAUCAUUUCUCUUCUAUCGUUGUUAAUAAACUAUAUGAAUAUUAUAA